AUGUCGCUUAAGAAUGUUAUUAUCCUUCUUGUUUUUGUACCUUUUCGUAUUUUUUCAAGUGAUAAUCUUUGUCGAUUGAUUGAAUUGAAUUUACCAGAAGGUUUACUGCCAUUUCCUACAAAUGAUAUAGAAGAAAAAUUAUUUUAUAAAACUGAUUAUAUUUGUCAGAAUAAACCGAUUUUUCGUUCGAUCAAAUAUGAAAAUUUAUAUCAAUUUCAAUCACCAAAUAAUCGUUGGUGGACAUUAUAUGAUACAACAAAUUCAACAUAUAAAUUAGGCACGUAUGAAUGGUGCAAUGCUUGGGACGCUAAACCAAUACUCGCUAUGCCACUUGGGAUGUUUCAACAUCCACUUGCAAAACAAGCCAAAUUACAACGAUGGAAACGUAUAAUUAUUCACGAGAAUAAUAACAGCUACGCAUAUAAAUCCAUACCAAACACUUAUCUAAAAUGUUACUAUCACCCAUCGACAUCGGCUUGCCAAACUAAUCAAUUAACUUUUCUAUUCGAUCUAACUGAAACAACAAACACAGAGGAAUUUAAUCAGAUGAAAUUAUUAACAAAAACUUUACUAUGGUUAUUAUUUAAUCAAACAAAUAUUUCACUGAGUUAUUAUAGUGAUACAUUUCAUCUGAUCAAUUCAUUUGAUGAGAAAACAUCAGCAAAAAGUUUCGAACAUUUAUAUGAUUCAAUCGAUGCACUAGAUAAGCAACUUGAAAGUUCGAAACAAAUUUCUGUUCCUUGGACUGAAACGAUUCAUAAUAUUGUAACAAGAAUUUUCAAACGUCGACUUCUAAUACCAGUCAAGCUGAUCGAUGAAACCGAUGGAUUUACAUCGUUGGCCAAUGAUACAAGUGACGAGGAAAUAUACACGGAACCAUAUCCGUUGUAUUACAAUGAUGAAAAGGCAAUUAAAACUGUUCUUAAUAUAACAGACGAGAUAUUUAGAAGAAAACGUUCCCUUAAAAAAGUCUACGAUAAAUCAAAUCAUGUUCUUGUUAUUUUAACAUCUCGUUCUAAAUACCUUUAUGAUUAUAGACAGCAAGAUAAACAAUUAGGAGAAUUUAUUGCAGCCGUACCAUUAAGAAUCGUUGUUAUUGAUUUUAAUAAAAUAUCAAAUGAAAAAUUCUCUGAAAGUAUUCAUUCAGCAUUUAUUCAUUAUGCUCAAAACGUUCUCGCAUCGUCUCCGGCAGCUUACAAUUACAUUGAAACAUACGAAGAAUUUGGUGAUGCCAUACACGGUAAUCAAUUAUUUAAUCAUUAUCAUCGAUUAUGUCAUCCGCCUGAACAGACUUUAUUUAAAGAUAAUUUUACUACAAAUCUAAUUGAAACCAACGACAGAUCACCAACGGAUUGUUCACUUUUAACGUUAUUUAAUAAUGACAAGAAAAAUUCAACAUUGAAAGAAAAAUUCGAUUACACAUUUUAUGAAACCACAGAUCAAUGUUUUUCUUCGCCUGUUUAUCGAUCAUUAGGCGAUAGAAAUCUAUAUGUGCAACGAACAGCACAAGGCCGUUGGUUGAUUAUUCGCGUUGAUCCACUUUUACCUUCAAUAAUGAGUAUUCAACAAAAGUUUGCAUCAACCACAACAAGUACUCUCUCGCCUGAAUUCUUCUACGCGACUGAUUAUGCAAAUGGUCCCAUGAUCGAUGAUAGUAACUAUGAAAUAACUGCAUCCCCUGACUUGCCUACCAGUGUUCCGCAUUGCUCUAACAAUCCUGGUUUAGAUACCCGAUGGGAAAGUGUCGAUACUGAUUAUUCAUUACCUACACCACGUCGAUGGAUAUCAAAUAAUAAUCAAUCUGAUUUAAUCACGCCCAUCUGUAACAAAUAUAAAAUAUCUUGUCAAUCUACCAAAUUUGAUUUAGUUAUACUUAUCGAUGCUCAACAUGAAUAUUUAUCUUUAAUACAAACAUUUCUCAAUACUUUUCUUUCGUUAAUUGAACCGUACAAUCAUCGUUUAAGUCUUAUUAUACUUUCAUCAGCAACCAUAGAUCCAUUUCAAUAUCAUCUACCUCUAACAUCCAUAAAUACAAUCAAUAAUAAAAUGAUUGAAACAUAUUUAUCUUAUUUAGAUGAUAAAAAUACUUCAACAGUACCAAUCAAUCAACAUCUUGAGCGUGCAAGUGAUUAUUUAAAAAGCAGUCAAGAAUUUGGAUCCAAUGUUCCAACACAACAAAUCGUGUUAACCAUACCGUCUCGUUUUAAUUUCAAUCUAACCGACGUCAAAGAAAUAAUACAACGCUAUUCAACUAUACGAUACAUGGCACUUGAUCCAUAUUUAAAAACUGAUAAAAAUGAAAAUAAUAAUCGCCGAAAACGAGAAAAUUUUCUUUCUUCAUUAGCAUCAUCACCUUCGUAUACAAAUCUAUUUUGUGCCUAUUCUGCUUAUAGAGACUUAACAUUUCAUACUAUAUUUCGUUUAUUAGAAAGUUUAUGUGGAUCUCUUCAAUGA